AUGAGGCACAAAGGGACCUUUCUCACGCGUUGGUGGUAAGCUGUAAGGAUUUCUUGAUUUUAAAGAACCGUCCGGUAAUAGUUCACCUGAAGGUGGAAUAAAAGUGUUUUUUUCCACGGAGAUCGAUUUUACAUUUUAUUAAAUCAGUAUUAAAUAGAUAUAUAGAGUAGUACGAGCUCUCACGUCUCCCUUGUUUGUGUAACAAAAGAUCCUUCGGGUCUGCGCCUAGCAACGCAAACCACGUCGUUCGGGUGGAUCUCUCUCGAUUAGUCUGCCUUCAUUUAUGUCCUUCUUAAGCGCCCUUAGGUAAGUUUGCGUGUCGAUCGGUGCUUAUGUAAACAUGAGACCACGAUUUUCAUAGCAUCUCUCACGAAUGAUGAUUACAGUAAUGGCAAUAUCUACCGGCAUCUAUCUGGUGUCCUGAGUGAAAGCAAGAUGUCUGCAUAUUGCUAGAAGUGGAGUUAGUCGAUAAAAACGACUUCGACCUCGACUUUGGAGACAGAAUUCCAGUACCUUGUGCAACUGAAAUAACAUUAGUACAGCCGACGCCCUAAUUUUCUAAUGGUUACAAAAUAUUAAACGUUUGCUUUUCCUUCAGGCGGAAGAAUUCAGUAGAACCCGGUGACGCUUUUCAACAGAGACAGUAAGUGUCACUUUCAAAGCUCAACACGAAACAUUGUAUAUCAUUCAGCAAUCUUUCGUCUGGAAAAGAGCCCUUGUUCUUUUUUAGUUUACUGAUACUUCCCGAGUCUGGGAUCAUCAAACAAAUAAUUGUGACUUGUAGGAGUUAGGAUGCAUCAUAGAACAGCAGCUCAUUCAUCUUAGCCCGCAGACCCGGCUAAUUUUUUGCGUUUCACAGGCGGAGCGUGGCAAGCGCUAGUUACGCGCGAGGGAAAGAGCGCGACUAAUAACAAUAGCGUGAGUACAGGCAUUAUUUUUCUUUCUUUUUUUUUGCGCUCGCCUCACGCUUGUCUCCGUUCGACUGAAAAACGAAACAGAGUACACCUGUUCUUAAGGCUACCCUCAUUCAGAUAAAAAGCCUUCUUCUCAAUGCAAGGUCCCAACGUUCUCGAGCGAAGAGAAGGAAAGACCCUGGAAACAAGUUUAAUUGCCGGAUCGAGUUAUGGUCGACCUGUGGCUGAUAAUUUUUCUGCUUCUACGCAUGCAAGGAAAAAAUUCGGUCGACCAAAAAAGAUUGAUGCCGAUUGCCAAUUGCCAAUUACGAGAUCUUACGACCUUGUUGUACUUUUCAUUUAGACCUACUGGUUCUUGUGAAAGGCAAAAAGACGAGGAAAGUUCUUUUGUCACCAGUGCAACACAAGUCGAUUCGAGGAACAGAAAUCUGACAGAAAAAGGUUUUAAAAUUCUUACACUUUAUACGUAAUUGUGCGUAAAUGUGCGUGCAUUUAGCUUUUCCUUAUCCAUCUAACAUGGUUAAUACGGCUGAGAUUAUAUUUUGAUGUUAUAUACGCCUGGUACAUGAUGUUUUUUAAGAUGAGCUAGGUUCGAUUAAAGUACAUCGGCGGACUAAAACACUUUUUACAAACAGUAUUGUCUACCUCAGUCUCAGUCAUUGCAACCCUCUCGAUCCAACAUCGAAAUGUUUGAAACACUUUUACUCUAAAGAUAGAAGUUUUUCGUCUUGUCGCGAUCUACUAAAAAACGCAGAAUUUUUUUAAUUCUUUAACCCACGCUCGUGAGAAGACGAAAAAUAUCUUUCUCUAUUUCUUUACCGAGCUCAAAACUUACCAUCUCGCUCAUUCUAUUUUUCAUUCUGUAACCAAUUUAUGGCUGAAUGCGUUGAGAAUAAUUUCGUCGAAGCUAUGCGAUGCCCUUAAAAAAUAUUAGCAACAAAAAAGUAUAACAGUAAAGACCAAUUGAUAACUCCGACAGAGUAAACCGGAUUCAGGACUUUGCUGAAACUGAAGUAAAUGUAGAACUGAGUCUUCACCUUUUUCCUUCUUCCAGAAAACGAGUUGCAGGCCGAGAUGAUUAACUUUCACAUAACAGAAAACCAAGCAGCUCACAAAACAGAAAAUUACCCGGAGAUUGAGGAGUUAGUACUAAGGGGAGGGGAGGUGUUUGAUGUAACAGUCAAGUUUAACAGAGACUACAAUCCGGACUCUGACGUUAUCACGCUCCUCCUUGUCUCUGGUAAAUGGGCAACAAUGCAAUGAUUUAUUACGUCGAUUCUGUGUUUAAUACACACUACAAGCUAGUAUAAGCACAAGCAAACACUGACGAUAUUCUCAUCAAUGCCUCUCCUCAAGUACUUUUUCCGAAAUGGAUUGUGAGGCAAGAAUUGGAACAGAACAAAAUUCUCUAUUUCGUUGCGGAUCCCAUUUUGUUUUUGACGUCCAGCUUACGAAGCUGUGCUGUUUGGCCAUAUUUUCUGGCUAUCAAAGAGUUAGGAUUAGAGCGUUGAAACAAUUCUCAUCAGAAGGAUAUAACCUAGAAUAGGUUACACGUUUCUGCCCGCUUUCUUCCUAUGGGAGACAAGAACAAAAAUCUGAAUAAGUUAACAAUUGUGCUGUAAACAUUUCAUCUAGACCCUAAACUGGCUCUAAAGUGCGACCAAGGUGGCCUCGUUGAUUUGCGGAAAGUUUUACUGUUCAUGUUAUUUGUUUCCCUUUAGUUUUGCUUUACAAGGAGCUUACACCCUUCUCAGCUUUUGCCAUGGAAUGCGCUUUUAUACCAGAGAGAUCCAAACCAAGGAUGAUUUCUAAUUCUAGUUGUAACUGUCACAUCCUUUCGAAGAACUUUCCUUCAGGUUGACGCAUAACCAACUUGAUUUUUGCAGACGAAGAUAACCCCAAAAGCAGAGAAAACAAUGUGCGCAUCAAGAUUCAAGAUAUCCUUCAGCUCUCGCAGUGGGGAAUGCAACUCAAAGAAGCCAACAAAAAAUCAAUUCACUUGUCAGUCAUGACGUCCGCGCAGGCGGUGCCCAGUCGUUAUGGCGUCAUGGUAGAAACAAAGUCCAGGGAAUCUUCUGGAGAAACAGCUUUGUAUCGAUGUAAAAACAGAGAACGUAUUUGUUUAAUCUAA